UUUCAGACAGAGACAGUCUCCACCAAUCAAGACACCCUCCAAAGUGCUUUGCCAUGGAUAUAGAAGAUGAAGAAAACAUGAAGGGUGUCUGAUCAAAUGCAUGUCAGAAUGUGUUCAUACUGAUCUGGUCUCCGCCCUGAUGAUCGUGUGGCAGCAGCAUCAGGAUGGUCCUGCAACGAAGGCGUUGUAAGUUACUCUUUCUGGGCACCGCAGGUCCGAGCAGCACAGAUGUUAAGGACAGCUGCCAUCAGGACAGUGCGCCCACCGAGGACGGCAGUGCGCUGCGGCUUGGAGAGGGCGGACCGCUCCCCAAUGGGGGUGGAGGGGGCGCCAGCAGGAAGCGGCCCCUGGACGAGGGCAGCAAUGGCCACAUCAGGUUCCGCCUGAAGAAGAGGAGGAGGGCGCCAGGGCCCGCGCUGCCCAAGAACGCCUUGAUGCAGCUGAACGAGAUCAAGCCUGGCCUCCAGUACACGCUGCUGUCCCAGACGGGGCCCGUGCAUGCGCCCCUUUUCGUCAUGUCUGUCGAAGUGAAUGGGCAAGUCUUUGAGGGUUCGGGCCCCACAAAGAAAAAGGCUAAGCUACAUGCUGCUGAGAAGGCUCUGCGGUCUUUUGUCCAGUUCCCCAAUGCCUCUGAGGCCCACCUGGCCAUGGGGAGGACCCUGUCCACCCACACAGACUUCACGUCUGACCAGGCUGAUUUCCCUGACACGCUCUUCAACGGCUUCGAGACCCCGGACAGGUCGGAGGUGCCCUUCUACCUGGGUGCCAACGGCGACGACUCCUUCAGCUCCAGCGGGGACCUCAGCUUGUCAGCGUCCCCAGUGCCUGCGUGCCUGGUCCAGCCGCCCCUGCCUGUGCCCCCGCCAUUCCCACCCCCGAGCGGAAAGAACCCUGUGAUGAUCCUGAAUGAGCUGCGCCCGGGACUGAAGUACGACUUCCUCUCGGAGAGCGGGGAGAGCCACGCCAAGAGCUUCGUCAUGUCUGUGGUCGUGGACGGCCAGUUCUUCGAGGGCUCGGGAAGGAACAAAAAGCUCGCCAAGGCCCGAGCCGCGCAGUCUGCCCUGGCGACCAUUUUCAAUUUGCACUUGGAUCAAACUCCGUCACGCCAGCCCAUCCCCAGCGAGGGCCUGCAGCUGCACUUACCACAGGUGUUGGCAGAUGCUGUGGCCCGCUUGGUCCUUGAUAAGUUUGGUGACCUGACAGACAACUUCUCCUCCCCGCAUGCUCGUAGGAAAGUCCUCUCCGGGGUCGUCAUGACAACAGGUACAGAUGUUAAAGAUGCCAAGGUGAUAAGUGUUUCUACAGGAACAAAAUGUAUUAAUGGCGAAUACAUGAGUGAUCGUGGUCUUGCAUUAAAUGACUGCCAUGCAGAAAUAAUAUCUCGAAGAUCCUUGCUUAGAUUUCUUUAUACACAACUUGAGCUUUACUUAAAUAACAAAGAUGAUCAAAAAAGAUCCAUCUUUCAGAAAUCCGAGCGAGGAGGGUUUAGGCUGAAGGAGAAUGUCCAGUUCCAUCUGUACAUCAGCACCUCUCCCUGUGGAGAUGCCAGAAUCUUCUCCCCACAUGAGCCGAUUCUGGAAGAACCAGCAGACAGACAUCCAAAUCGAAAAGCCAGAGGGCAGCUGCGGACAAAGAUAGAGUCUGGUGAGGGGACGAUCCCUGUGCGGUCACAUGCGAGCAUCCAGACGUGGGACGGCGUGCUGCAGGGGGAGCGGCUGCUCACCAUGUCCUGCAGCGACAAGAUGGCACGGUGGAAUGUGGUGGGCGUCCAGGGCUCGCUGCUCAGCGUCUUUGUGGAGCCCAUCUACUUCUCCAGCAUCAUCCUGGGCAGCCUCUAUCAUGGGGAUCAUCUGUCCAGGGCCAUGUACCAGCGGAUCUCAAACAUAGACGACCUGCCCCCUCUCUACACCCUCAACAAACCUCUGCUCAGUGGCAUCAGCAACGCGGAGGCACGGCAGCCUGGGAAAGCACCCAACUUCAGUGUCAACUGGACGGUGGGUGACGCGGCCAUCGAGGUCAUCAACGCCACAACCGGGAAGGAUGAGCUGGGCCGUGCAUCCCGCCUGUGCAAGCACGCCUUGUACUGCCGCUGGAUGCGUGUGCACAGCAAGGUUCCCCCCAACUCACUGCGCUCCAAGGUCACUAAACCCAGCGCGUACCACGAGUCCAAGCUGGCGGCUAAGGAGUACCAGACCGCCAAGGCCUGUCUGUUCAGAGCGUUCAUCAAGGCAGGGCUGGGCGCCUGGGUGGAGAAACCCCCGGAGCAGGACCAGUUCUCCCUCACAGCCUGACGGCCCGCAGGCCCCACACCUGGGCUGACAAGGCCCCGGGCCGGGGAGGCCGGUGUGAACCGGUGUCUCUGCGACAGGCGCGUGGUCUGGGAGGGCCGGAGAGGCCGGCACGACCCCAUGUCCCUGCGGCAGUGUUCCCUUUUUCAGUUACCCAGUGGCUGCUCUCAACCUCAGUUUACGUUUAGAAAUUGAGUUCUACUGAGUAGAGCUUCCAUAAGUUUAGGAAAAUAGAAAUUACUUUGUGUGAAAUCCUUGAAUAAAUAAUUUAUUCAGAGCUAGGAACAUGGUUUAUACAGUAAGUAAUUAUGUCAGGUCACUCUAUGCCACAAAAGAGCCUUUAUAUGUGGGGAGGUGAGAACACAGAACCAGGAAGCUGUGGCCUAGAGAGGUCACGCAGCCCCCACCCCACAGGCCCUCCCAGUGGUCGGCUCCCACAGCAGGUCUUGGCGCCCGCCCCAGGAGACACCCGCAGGACAGAGCCAGACCCGCACACGCAGCCUGCUGCUCCGGGGUGCCCCUGCCCUCAUCCUGUAGAUGCUUCUCUGCUCGUAGGACCGUGCCGUGGACAGCUUCUCCUGGUUUACUUCUACAUAGUCAGUGACAACACAUGGGGGUAGUGGCCCUGGCCAUUCAUCUGGGUUUUUACAUAGUAUGUAACUUUUAGGGCCUAAAAGGAAUCCAUAGCAGCUACUGCACAAUAAGCCUAACAUUCCCUCUGUUCCAUCCUCUGAAUCUAAGGGAUGUGAGGGAUGGUCCAAAGAGCUUCACAGGAUGGAAAUAGAGUUAAUAGGUAGAUGUUCAUUCUUAGAAAGUGCCACUUUAGGCAUAUUUUAAAAUCAUUCUUUCCAGCUUUAUCAAAGACUUAUUUAAAAAAUAAGUAUUCAGGCUGUCAGCUGGUGAGCAGGCGGGUCACUGGAGGGGUCUCGACCAGGGUCUAGACGCUGACUAUCACAGCAGGGAAGGGGGUGCUGCUGGUGCUGGGACCCAGGGCGCUGCUCCACACCCCACAGCACACGCGACAGCCCAGGACCCUGGGGAGCCGCCUCGGCUAAGUGUGAAAAUUGGCACCAAUUGCCUUUUUGCUCCCAUCAGGACCAGAGAGGAGCUGGAGGAAGCUCCCUGCCCUCGGCUGGCCCGGUGCCCGCUUUCCAGGGACUAGCGGGGCAUCUUGUGGGUGCGGCAGGCAGAGACGGGGACAGACCCCAGCCCACAGCAGGGUCCAGAGUGUCGACAUCCGUGUGGUGCUGAGCUGUUCCCUGGAGUCCUGUGUACUUUACAGGCUCAGAAAACCCUGAGCAGGAGCAGGGUGGCCCUUGUCACCUUGGCCAACCUGUGGGCUCAGAGCAGAGCCCUGUGCCUCCCAACACUUCCACGUGUCCACACAGAACCUUGCCGUGGCGUGUCCCGUAGGUCCAGUCCGGAGUGCCAAGGGUGGUAUACAUUGCCACGGCUGACCAGGUCCAGAGGAGGGGCGCUGACCCCCCCGGGCUCCUCUGCGGGUGGUGGUUCACCCUGAGCCGGCCCAACCAUGGCCCCGGCCCCCAGCGCUGGGCAGGCUCCGGUCGGGUCAGGUUGCCUGGGGUCUCCCCCCACCUGUGGGGGAGGGGUGUCUGCGUCACGCACCCCACCUCUCACAGGCUCUGCACACUCACACUCAUCUUGUGAGAGCUGCAUUUUUAUUCUUGUCUCUGUAAAUGGUAUUUUUUCUAAUGGGGAUUGGGGAGAUGGACUUAGUUUUUAAAAAAUGUGGAUUUUGAUUACAAAAUCCAGUGGAAAUAUAUUGCAUAUGUGUGCAACCACUAUCCAGUAUGUCUAGCUGUUUCCCUUCUGCCAGAUAAUAGUCAACAUGGAUGUGACCCCUCCUGCCCUGGGUAGGCAGCCCCUGCCUAGUGCCGGCACCCCCCACGUGGGCCGGUGUGACCUGCCAGGAGGGUGGGCCUGGCGGGGCCGAGUGGCGGGCAGGGGGUGGUGCCUCCCAGGGAGCCAGGCCGGGCCAGGGGCAACGGGAUGCCUGUGAGCCAGAGGGCACAUGCCGCUCCCUCCCAGAGAUGAAUCAGGGCCUCAGCACUGCACCCUGUCCCUUCCCGUGCUCAGUGUACGUAACAGGCUGCGUCUGGAUCCCUGAGGUGGUAUUUUGCAGCCCCUUGUCCUUAACCGGGUUUUAGAGAGAAAAUUUGGCCCAACCAAGAAUGCGAGUUUUUGAGAAAAACCUUAAAUUCUGACGGCAGUGGUGGUUGAGAGGGUCUCUGCUCUGUUUUGUCGACUCACACUGAAGAGCUGAUCGCAGACACGGGCCUCUGGGUCUUCAGGCUGCUGGGCAGCCGCCCUGCGGGCAGGAGGUCAUCUGUGAGGCCUCUGCGGGGUCUCCCGGGUGGGGGCAGAGGGGUGCCGCUGUGUCUUCCAGCCCUGUCCGCUGGCAUCUUCCGCUGCUUCUGAGGCUCCCCUUCCCCCGCCCAAGGGGCACCAAAGAACUGCGGCUUCGAUUCUCUAUCUUAAUUGAACUUUGCAUCAUCUGUUCCUAUUUUGGAGAUUAUUGUAAUCAGAAACAGUUUUAACAUGUGUAAGCCAGUAGCUCACAAGGCAUUGAUUGCUCUGAAAUUUAUUUUUAUUCAAAUAAUUUACUUGUUUUCCAAAUUAUAGAAUCACAACUUUCUUUGUAAAAAUGGUGUUUUUCCUCACAAUUUCCAAUAGUUUACACAGAGCUGAGGAUGGACUUAUGCUGUGGGGGCUGCGUGCCCUGACCUGUUUUCUCAAAAUCAAAACACAUAUGGAUCUUUUUCAUUUCAAAAAUAUUUCACACCAAAGUACAUAACGUCUGCCCCAAUCAUAAAUUUGACCUAGCAAAAGAAAUAAAAUUAGCAGGCUUUCCCAUCUCAAUUCUGUGAAAUUAGAGAAUCUCAAAAUGUUCAUUUUUAUCAACCAUAAACUAUAUAAAUGCAAAGGGCAGUGUAUCCGUGGUCCUGUGUCUGUCCCUGGCGUGUCAUUGUCCUGUGACAUCUAGCCAGAGGUCAGCCCACCGUGCAUUGGGUUCUGUGUCCCCUGGACUUGGGAGGGCACGAGGGUCCCAUCAUGCUGGGAGCCGUUCUGUUUCUGGCGGUGCCGUGUGCACUUCGCAUCCGCUUCUGGGGGAUGAGCCCCCAGCCCCAGAAACACCUGUCCGGCCUCAGUGAGGGCUGAUGGCUCAUGAGGUACUGAGGGCCGUCCGUCCGUGAAGGGUCAAGGCUGUCCAGGUGCUCAGGUGAGCCCACAAAGCUGUUGCUUCUCCUGCGUUGGUUACCUGCUUCUGCCUUCAUUUGAGCACGUGGACACUUUCAUGACUGUCGUUCAGGAGACCCUCGUCAGCGUCUGCACAUGGACGCAUAUGCCCCUCACCACAGCCUGCAUGAGCUUCCCCUCCGGGACCAGCCGAAGCUGAGCAUGAGACGCUGUCCUGUAGACAAAGGACUGACAUGGCCUCAAUAAAAGCAAAGUGUUUCACUGCU